CACCAAUAGGAACUUACCACGUAUUACAUGGAUACACGUGUAUUGAACUUUCGGCUUCUAUUUUUCCGCAAAUUAAACGUUUUAUAUUGUUUAAAAAAUGAGAGAAAACUUAGUUUACUUCCCAGUUGUUGCUUUCACAAUAUUUCUACUUUGGACAAGUUCUGCAAAAGCUAAAGGAACACAAUAUGUGACAUGCGGUUCUAUGUUAAAACUAAUGAAUGUAGACUACAAAGUCAGAUUACAUUCUCAUGAUGUAAUGUAUUUAGAUGGCAGUCGUCAACAAUCGGUAACGGGUACACCUACAAAGGAAGAUGGAAAUUCUUAUUGGCUUGUUAAAGCUGGAACAAAGAAACAAUGUAAUAGAGGAAUGCCGAUCAAAUGUGGAGAUAUCAUAAGGUUAGAGCACAUAACAACCAAAAAGAAUCUUCAUUCUCACCGGGUUAGUUCACCUCUUAGUGGUAAACAAGAAAUAUCUGCUUACGGUGAUGGUAAGGGAGAAGGCGAUAAUGGAGACAAUUGGCUUCUAAUAUGUAGUACUGAUGUUUGGAAACGAGAUGAAGCAAUUGUAUUAAAACAUAUAGAUACAGACACAUAUUUAGCAGUAACUGAAAAAGUUUAUGGUAAUCCAAUUAAUGGACAAAGCGAAGUAGUGGGCGAAUAUUCUCUUAAUAGUCCGCAUGUUGAAUGGGCAACAGCCGAAGGAGUAUUUAUUCAUCCUAAUGACUUUAAAGCCCAACAUCAUGCACAUACAGAAUUGUAAAAUGAAUUCCUUAGACACAGAAUUUUGUAUGGCAAAUUACAUUAAAACUAUUUUGAUUGUA